AUAUAUAUAUAUUUUUUUACUCUUCAUGUUCUCUUCAAUUUCACAUUUUUCGUGACUGAAUUUCGUGCAAAUCUCUAUCAUCAAAAUCAACAAGCUACCUCUAUCAACAAAUCUUUAUAAGCCUGUGUUGAGUCCGAAGUGUAGUCUUUGAUGCUGUGUACUCUCGAUUUAGUGUUGAUGAAGUUCUAUGAUUUGGGUUUUUGGAUUGACUAAGGGGCGUUGUUUCUUUUCCACUUUAAGGAUGGUUUAUUGGUUGAAGCUAAAGAUUAAAUUUUUUAUGCCACUUAUCAAAAAAGGGAAUAAAAAGAUUGGAUUUUAUGUCUGUUCUAACUGAGUUGGCCACAAACACUUGACUCUAAAGUGUGUGUAAUGCUUAUAGAUGGUAUUUAGAUAGUGAUCUUCGUAUGCUUCAGUAGUUUGACUGUGUUAGUGGAUGAAAUCCACAUGGGUGUGGUGACCUGAGAUGCUAAACUUGCUGCAAGUUUGACUCUGUGUUGCAGUAAUUUUGUACAUAUGGAGGUUCAGUUUGUUUGAUUUAAAUUGAGAUGACAGUUAAAUCUACUAUCAAGUCAAUCACUCCAAAAACUGAGGAUUGGAUAUGCAAAAUUCAAGUAGUAGAUAAAGAUCCUCCCCGAGACAAGAAAGACAAAAGUGGAAAAUACCAACUGAUGGUUUUGCAAGACGAAGAGGAAAAUCAAAUUCAAGCCAUCAUUUGGAAUGUUGACAUAAUGCAGUUUGACAAGUAUUUCAAAUCAUUCCAAACAUACCUGGUGUCAGUUGCACAAGUAAAAGAACUGAAUCCUGCAUAUGCUAAUCCAUUCAACAAAUACAUUUGGACAAUUGACAGAAAUACUAUUGUUGAACCAAUUGAAAAAGUCAUUCCUCCAGAUAAUCCACUACCACCGCCAACACGAUUGGCUAUCACCCCUUUUGAGACUAUUGAGUAUCAAAUGAAAGAUUUUGAAUUUGAUCUCCUUGGACUACUUAUUAAUGCUGGACUUCCAAGUAACGCAUCAAAUGGGAAGAAAUUCCAAGAAUUCAUCAUUAUGGAUACUCAAAAAAAGCCUAAAAAGCUAACACUUUGGGAGGACUCCGUCGAACAUUAUGGAAAUGAACUUUCAGAGAAAGUGAAGCACUAUCCCGUCUUCCUGGCUAGAAGAGUAGUAAAAUCAUCAUCAGGGAUAUGGAACAGAUACAACACAACAAUACUCUUACAUCCCACAUAUCCAGAAGCUACCACAUUAGCUGCAUGGGCCAAAACAAUUCAACAACAACUCAUUGAGUACACAACUAGAAGCAUGUCCCCAGAAGGCACUCUUCUUUUUGUUCCCUUUGAAGAAGAAUCAAUAUUCAUAUCCGAUAUCCAAAUGCAACCAUAGGGACAAAUAUUCUAUAUCGACGGUCAACUUUCAUUGAUAAAUGAAGACCAACAUUUCUGCUCCAUGGCGUGCUCAGAUUGUAAAAUGUCAUUCUUAAGAACUACUUCACCAAGGCCAAUCUACUGCAUCCAGUGCGAAAGAUCCACCCAACUUAUUCCCAGAGAAAAGCGCUACUUCUUGACAAUGCGCAUAAACAAUUGGGAUCAAAGACUUUCAGAAUCCAAAUGAAAAGAUUAUUUUCCAAAAAUCAAGAUAGGCUAGCUAUCAUGAAUUAUGAGAAAAAAGAGCCUACCAACCAACCAUUACCAACUGCACCAAUGACCAGCACUGCUGAAGCAAGCAAGCGCAAGGCUAUGGAGAUUGGCUUCGACGGAACGAAUCAGCAGAACCUGCCCACCAAAGACAGACCUUCCAGCACUAGACAGAAAACAGAAACCAAGACUCCUCUCAAAAGGGAGUGAAAACUACUGGAAAUGUUUUGCCAACAAGUUUUUGGAGCACAUCUUUUUGCCAAUGCACUGUCAAGCUACUAUCUUUUUGCCGCAAGAUUGCCUUUUUGAAAAGCUACAUUACAACCAUAUGUGACGCCCCAUGCUUUAAAAAGGUAUUUUGUCAACCAUGGCGUCACACAACUACAACAUGCAUGAUUGCUACUAAGAAAAUACUUUUUCUGUAAAUAUGUGAUAUAAAUGAUGUACAUAUGACAGUGCAAUCAUAAAUGUAAUAGACAAAUGUAUAUAUGCAUAAACAAUGCAACUUAAUUAAUGUCAAAAUUUCCGUGUUUCUUA